AUGAGUGUGCGAGAGACAAUUGGUGAAAAGGAUUUUUUGCUGCGCAGAACGCCGGCCAAUCCAAAGUAUGAGAAGGUCAAGGCGGUUGUGGAGUCGGGGCUGACAGUGGAGGUGGCGCAGUUCAUGAAGCGAGCAGCGUGUAACGUUCGGCGUUAUGCCGGGGAGUCUUUUUUGCGGAUGCACCCCAAUGUGUUGGCAGAGUACAUUUCGAAACUCAAAAGGCAAGAAGAGAGGAAAAAAGGGUGUGAGAGCGACGGGGGAUUUUUGCACCCGAUGGAUGAGUACAUGUCACCAAAUGUGAGGCCAGAGAAGGAGUAUCUUAUUCUCGACGUCCGCUCCGAGGAGGAAUACAAAGCCUGUCAUAUUGAAGGUGCACUUCACUACCCAAAGCGAAGGAUGUUACACGCCAUAAACCCGCUUCUUCCGGAGAUGUUUGAGUUCAAAAAUAAAGAAAACAAGUACAUUGUGGUAUAUGACACUGAAGAGGAAUUGACGGUGGGGCAGAGCGUAGGGACAGUCCUUUUUGAAAAGGGCCUUGAUAACGUGGUGGUGCUAACGGGCGGAUUACGAGAGUUUGUACAGGAUUAUUCCUUCCUCAUUGUGGGGAAGAGCCCUGUACCGAUAGUUCCCCGGGACACACGGCUGCAAAAACGGGCCGAAGCGAUAUCAGCAGCAAGAAGUGAAACACAACGGAGUGCGUUUUCACAUAAACCAAAGAGUUUGUCGAAUAGUCUUGCCAAACCACGACGGUUGUGA